AUGAGAUUGAUCAAUAGUUCAAUACUCAUAAUUACACACGGAUUCUAAAAGAUAAGAGAAACAGUAAGUCGGUUAAUUUUGGAUUAAGUAACGCACAAGCCAAAGCCUUCUCCUGAUCGAAUCAUAAACCAAACAAAUCUUUCUUUUAAAAGAAGCGGACACAAACCCUAACCACCAACCCUCUCCGUCGUCAAAUUUCCCGGCGAAAGAUGAAACGAAUUGUUCGAAUUUCAUUCACAGACAUGGAAGCAACCGAUUCUUCAAGCAGCGAAGACGAGUCACCACCGUCAUCACGCCGUCGAGGUAAGAAGCUAGUCAAGGAAAUCGUAAUCGAUCAUUCUGAUCCCCCGGAGGUCGGAAAAACUCGGUUCAAAAUCAGGAUUCCGGCGAGUUUACUUGCUGCGAGGAAUACGACGGCGAAUAAGAAGAAGUUCCGUGGCGUGAGGCAGAGACCAUGGGGGAAGUGGGCGGCUGAGAUUAGAUGUGGUAGAGUUAAAGGAAGACCUGAACGAAUUUGGCUUGGAACUUUUGAAACAGCUGAAGAAGCUGCUCUUGCUUAUGAUAACGCUGCGAUUCAGUUGAUUGGACCUGAUGCGCCGACUAAUUUUGGCCGUCCUGAUGUUGAUUCUGCGGUGGUGAAAAAGCAAGAUUCUGAUGCUAGUGGUGGUGCUUCUGAAGAAGUUGUUUGAUUUUCUUGUUUAUAACUAACUUUGCAAGGUUACUUUUGUUUAUCAUCAUCUUUUGUAAAUUUGAUCAUCUUGCUCUUUGCUUUUUAACUUCUCUUGUACAUGUUUGAAUUAUAAAAGUUCUAAUUUUUCAAUCCAGAUUCUUGGUUUUCAUAAUUGUACAUUUUGA